UAUUUCCUCCAAGAUGACCUUUUCUCUCCUGCAGUAAGAAACGGUUUAUAUGUGUUCUGGUGGUAUGAGGAAGUUUCAGAAAAGCUGUAUGUCAUGUUCAUCAAACAUUCCAGUUGAGGCCGGCGCUCCGUUUAGAUUUCCUCAUACAAUGGCCUUCCAGAUUACAAAACCUGAAAGACAACAACAGAUAGCAACAGUCUACACCUCCAGAGUGUAGAGGCGGUUCAACUGUGCGACUCUUUCACUUCUUCCUGCACUUCUGCACCGUCAAAUAGGAGGUAAUAAAGAACUAAAGCAUGCCUGGAUUUCCCUGGAAGAAAUUUAGGAGGUCUGCCGAAGUAAAUAGCAACAGUGACUGGAUGUCGCAACUACCCCCUAAACUUCACACCGUUCCUCUCUAUGAUCUGGCCAUACCAGGAAGCCACGACUCAAUCACUUAUGACCUGGACGUCAAUUCCUCGAUAGUAGAGCCUCAGAAACUGAGGAGAUUCAGCAAGAUCUGCUGCGUGCGUAAAAUAGUGCAUAGAUGGGCAUCCACACAGGAUGCAACUGUCACAGAGCAACUGGAUGCAGGGGUUCGCUACCUCGACCUGAGGAUCGCUCGCAAGCCCAACGACCCCGAUCCCACCAGGCUUUACUUUUACCACGGGCUUUACACGAGGACUGACGUGGAGACUGUUCUCCGGGAGAUACUUGAGUGGGCAAAGCGCCACCCCAAAGAGAUCCUCAACCUGGCCUUUUCCAACUUCAGAGGUUUUGAGAAGCAGUCCGAACAGAUGCUUCACAACCACCUCAUCAAGUCCAUCAAGACCUUGUUUGGAGACAGGCUCGUCCCUAGAUGGUCGAAGAACAAGCACACCUUGAAGAGUUGCUGGGACAUCGACAAAAACAUCAUAGUUUCUUACGAUUAUAAAGCGAAUCAGGACUUAUGGAUGAAAAUAACUUAUUUCUACGGGAACAGUAUGAAACCUGCAGACAUCGAAUCGAGACUCUGCCGUGCUCUGGAAAAGGAAAGGCCUUACCAGUAUUUCUUCGUGUGUGGCCUGAACCUGACGCUGCCGAACGACGCCAGGAUACUCAAGUACAUCCUUCGCCUCUGCGACAACUUCCACAACGUCAUUCUCAGGAGUCUGCCGAAGAUGGUGCAGUGGCUGAAGAAGCAGUCUGGCCAGAAAAUGAACAUUGUCGCCUCAGACAUGGUGACUCGCGACGACUUCGUAACGACGGUCAUCGAGCUCAAUUCAAUAAACGGAAAGGCAUAAUAAUAACAACACUAAUAAAAAAUCAGA